AUGGCCUCUACAGAUUCAAUUAUCAGUAUUUCUUCUAUAAGAAAAGGAUCAGCCCAUGCGGAUGCAUCAAGGAGAACCGUCCAAGCAACUGAAAAAGAUAAUGAAUGGUUCAUUGAGAUUCGUGAUGCCCUCAACCUUGACCUUGAGAGCGACUAUGAAAUGCCUGUUUGCAUCUUUCUGGUGCCCAAGCCUCUUGUCGAUGUGAAGCCCGAAGCCUACAGGCCGCAGCUGAUAGCAUUGGGACCUUAUCACCAUUUCCAGCCUGAGCUCUAUGAGAUGGAGCAUUACAAGCUUGCUGCGGUCAAGAGGGCAAUCACGCCAGUAUUCCAGCUCUCUGAAUUUGAAAACCUCAUUGAAGAGAUUGUCAAGCAAGUGCCACAUAUCUGCAAGUGUUAUCGUGGCUUAACUGCUCCUAAUCAUGAUAUAAUAUCCUGGAUAAUGGCCAUUGACGGUCUUUUCCUGCUUGACCUGCUGAACACUUUUAUCAACACAGGAGAAAUUUCUCAACAGUCUACAGGGAAAAAGCAGCCCGAGGCUUAUGCCAUACUUAAAGAUGUACUGAAGCUCGAGAACCAGAUUCCCAUGUUCGUUUUAAAAGUGAUCCUGGAAAGGAUCAACUACUACUUCCCCGGCCAACUAUUGUAUGACAUGUUGAAGAAAUUUUGCGACGAGGUCUCCCCGAUCAAAUUGGAGUGGAGUACCACCACUCGAACGCUGGACAAAGUCUUAGAGCACCAACAUUUGUUGGAUCUUCUGUAUCAUUCUAUCACGUUUAAAAAGGAUAAUGGCGAGACACACCCUGAUGGCUUAACCAAAGAACCCCCCUGCCUCCGACCAGAGGAUUUGCCUCCCAACGGCGAACCAAUUACCUGUGCUGUCUUGUCUGACCUAUUGAAAAUGUUCUCGAGUCUGAACCUUGGUAAUUUCACAAAAAAAGUGCUUACGUUAAUUACAAAGGUACUGGGGCUCAUCCAUAUACCAACCAUGGCAUUUUUUAAAGAGAAGAAAGUUUUGAUUCCUUCGGUGUCUAAACUCUGCCGCGCUGGAUUGAACUUCUGCUCCACAGAUGGUGGCACUGCCAAUGUUAGAUUCGACGCUGACACCAAGACAUUUUACCUUCCUAUUAUCACUUUGAAGCAUACCUCAGACGUGGUAAUGAGAAACUUGGUGGUCUACGAAACUAUGGCGAAGUCAAAGACAAAGUCCUUGAAUUUCAAACGAUACACCGAACUGAUGAGCGCGAUUGUCGAUACCAUCGAAGACGUUGAGCUGCUUAAGAAGGCCGGAGUCCUUACCACAGUCCCUAAUAAACAAAAAGAGGAGGCCGAACCCCUUGAGAGCGAUAUUUUAAGUGAUGCUGAGAUUGUGGAAAUCUUUAACGAGAUGACAAAAACAAUGGAGUCAAAAGAUUGGGUAAUCGACAAAGCCAUUGGAGAAGCUAACAAAUGUUACAAUAACACAGAGAAGGUGAAGGCUUAUAGGCUAAUGAAGAGGUACAUCUACUCUUCCUGGAAGAUUCUUACGCUUUUUGCUUCUCUGCUGCUUUUGUUGCUGACGGCCUUGCAAGCAGUUUGCGAUGUCUACAGCUGUCCUAGUGUAUUCCAUACAAUCAAGAAAACAUGA